CACUGCAUUCCAUUCAAGUCAUCCAUGAAUAGUGAUACUACAAAAUCAUGCAUGCAUCCAAAGUCUGUAAAUUUCAAAGUCGUUGACAACAACUUAAUUAAAAAGGGUGUUCCAUUGACUCAAGCUAUAUGCCAGGAUUUACUUGUAACAGGGCAUAUUAGCUCAUAUAUGGAGUUUUUUCAUAUGGCCGUCGAAAACCAACUCGGUAUUGAAUUUACGCCAGAUAUGCUGCAUGCACUUCAAAAUCUGCUGACCAUUGCCGAAGACAGUUCAACCCGAGGCGACGCAAAGGCCAUUUAUGAAUCCAAAAAAAACCUUGCUCAGUAUUUUUUAUUAUCAUCCAAUUAUAACAUGGCAAUAUCCUAUUUUCGCGAAACGUUGGAUGCAGCUGCUGGAAUUAAAGAUGACCCGAUGGUGGAAAUUGAAGCAACCUUGAGUUUAGGCCAUGCGUUGGAAAAAUCGGAGCAUGUCAACGAAUCCAUCGAAUGCUAUGAAAACACUCGAAAAUUAGCUGCAAGUCGUAACAAUUUAGAUGGUGAAAUCAGGGCAUGCCAGCAUUUAGUCAGUGGCCACACCCACAUGGCCGAAAGUUUUGAGUAUUCGGGAGAUUAUGAUCAAGCUAUUUUCCAUUACACCAAAUGUCUCGAAUAUCUAACGCAUCCCGUCUACGAUGAGAUGACCAUCAGCGAUAUAGAAUUUCGUUUAGGAAAAGUUCACAAGGAUAUUGGACAAAUCGAAACUGCCAUCAAGUACUUGGAAAGAUUUGUUGCCAAACCAAAUCUAAUCAAUGAUAAAAGUAGACAAGGAUGGGCUCAAGCUUCGCUGGCCUCUUGUUACGAAAGUGCUGGAAACCCGCAGCUUGCAGCCUCAUAUCUUCAGCAGUUUAUUUCAGCAGCCGAAUCCGAUCCGAUCCAGCGCGUUGCUGUAUCUCAAGCGUGUAACCAACUUGGCAUGCUUUUCAACAAAAUGGGUCAAUUUGAACUAGCAGUAACUUAUUUUGAGCGUCACUUUCAGCUGAUGACAGAAAUCAGUAAAGAUGAUAUGCAGGAUUUAGAACAAAAUACACACCAGCUGAACGACGGUGACGGAAUUAAAUCACCGUUGCCUUGGAACAAGACAGGUUCCACGUCAAAGUUAUCUACAGUUCGUGUUGGUGGUGCACAGACACAGUUGGGCAUUUCAAAAGGAAAUGCUCAAAUGGCACAGUAUUUCGAGACAAUCGUCGAUUGCAAUGGACUUGCAUCACUGCUGCUGUGGAAAGCAAAGCGUUCAUUUGGGUCCUAUUUACCUACUCGUUUAGAAAAUAUAUGAUGGAUACUGGCACCACCAAACAAUUCAUUAAAAAGCUUAAAUUCAUUUUCAAUUGAGUAAUAAAGAGAUAGAGCGGUAUAUGCAGUA